AAUAAAAUUAGCUGAAGGAUCAAGACAGUUGUACACUUCUCAGUUUUCUGAAGGCUUCUUCAGAACCGGAAAAUGGCAGGAAUUGCGUCUACUGUGGCCAAGAAGAGAGCGCUGGCUGCAGGGUUUGGAACCAACGCCAAUGCCACCAAGUACCUGAACCAGGACUUUGAGGCGCUCAGGAGUGAGUGCAGGGCCAGAGGGACCCUGUUCUCAGACCCGACUUUCCCCGCCGCUCCUGAAUCACUGGGCUUUAAAGAACUCGGACCCAACUCGUCCAAAACCAGAGGAUUAGUAUGGAAAAGGCCCGGGGAAUUAUGCCAGAAACCACGCUUCAUCGUUGGUGGGGCCACAAAAACGGAUAUCUGUCAAGGAGCUUUGGGUGACUGUUGGCUGCUGGCUGCUAUUGCCUCCCUGACGCAGAAUGAAGAUGUUUUGGCAAGAGUUGUGCCCAAUGGACAGGAGUUUGAUGGCACUUAUGCAGGAAUCUUCCAUUUCCAGUUCUGGCAGUUUGGCGAGUGGGUGGAUGUGGUCAUUGACGACCGGCUGCCGGUGAAAGAUGGCGAGCUGUUGUUUGUUCACUCCGCUGAGAAAAACGAGUUCUGGAGCGCCCUGCUGGAGAAGGCCUAUGCUAAGGUGAACGGCUGUUAUGAAGCCCUGUCUGGAGGAUCCACUAGCGAGGGUUUUGAGGACUUCACUGGAGGCAUCGCUGAGAGCUACGAGAUCAGAAAAGCACCGACCAAUUUGUUUCAGAUCAUCCAGAAAGCCCUGGAGGCUGGAGCUUUGCUGGGCUGCUCCAUCGACAUCACAAGUGCUGCUGAUUCAGAAGCCAUCACUCGUCAGAAGCUGGUCAAAGGCCACGCCUACUCACUCACAGGGGCAACAGAGGUGAACUAUCGUGGUCGCAAGGAAAAGCUGGUUCGUAUGCGCAACCCUUGGGGACAGGUGGAGUGGACCGGAGCCUGGAGCGACAAUUCACCUGAAUGGAACAGUGUUGCGGCAUCAGAGCGUCCAGACGCCAGCGCUGAGGAUGGUGAAUUUUGGAUGGCAUUCUCCGAAUUCCUCACCAAUUACUCUCGUAUAGAGAUCUGCACUCUGACGCCGGAUGCCAUCACAGAUGAUUCAGUAAAACAUUGGGCCGUGACAAAUCAUGACGGCACAUGGAGGAGAGGCUCCACCGCUGGAGGCUGCAGAAACAAUCCAUACACAUUUUGGAUGAAUCCACAAUUUGUGGUGAAACUGGAUGAAGAAAAUGUCGAAGAUAAGGAGAAGGGCUGCAGUUUUGUAGUGGGUCUGAUUCAGAAGAACCGCCGGCGCCUGAGGAAAACUGGAGAGGAUAUGAACACUAUUGGCUUUGCUAUUUAUGAGCUCCCCCAGGAGUUUCACGGUCAGCGGGAAGUGCACCUGGAUAAAAACUUCUUCCUGACGCACGGACAGAAAGCUCGCUCUGAGACUUUCAUUAACCUCAGGGAGGUCUGCACGCGCUUCCAUCUGCCUCCUGGAGAGUACCUCAUCGUACCAUCUACCUUUGAAGCCAACAAGGACGGAGACUUCUGCCUGCGUGUCUUCUCUGAAAGCCAAAGUGAAACACAACAAUGCGAUGACCCUGUGGAUGCUGAAUUACCUGAUGAGACUGUCUCAGAUGAUCAAGUUGAUUCAACGUUUAGGGGGAUGUUUGUAAAACUUGCCGGACCUGACAUGGAAAUCUCACCCCUGGAGCUCAUGACCAUCUUUAACAAAGUCAUUGCAAAACGCACUGACAUUAAGUCGAGCACCUUCACUUUGGAUACGUGUCGUGUCAUGGUGAACCUCAUGGACGACAGUGGGAAUGGAAAACUGGGGCUGGGAGAGUUUGCUACUCUGUGGAAGAAAGUGCAGAGAUACCUUGAAAUUUACAAGCAUAAUGACUUGGAUAGCUCGGGAACCAUAAGCACUACAGAGCUGCGUAUGGCACUGAAAGAGGCCGGUUUCUGUCUCAAUAACACUUUAUUUCAGCUGAUGGUUGUACGUUAUGCUGAGAAGGACAUGACUCUCCUCUUUGACAACUUCGUGUCCUGCCUGAUGCGACUUGAAAUGAUGUUCAGGGCAUUCAAAAGGUUGGAUCCUCACAAAAGUGGCUUCAUUGAGCUGAAUUUUAAUCAGUGGCUGAACCUUACCAUGAUAUAAGACGACUCGCCUUCAAAGCACAGCACUCAAGACAGAGUUAAAUGUUUUACACUUUCAAAGAUAUGAAUUUACCUUUAUUUUUAAAACUCUCUAUUGCACUUUCGACCAGUCUUACUUUAAAAUGCUGCAUGAUGUGUUUUAGUGUCGUCAUUGCCGCACUAUUUUUGUUUACGACUGCAAGCAUUGUUGAACCAGGAGUAUCUUAACCACUAUGUAAUAAAAAGUGUGUGUGUGUGUAUUCUUACUAUUUUUCUUCUCCAAAAGAUAUUAUUAAAUACUUCUGAAACUGUA